AUGUUAUUAUUGUUAUUGUUAUUAAAAUGUAUAGAAUGUACAAUAAAAGAACCAGAGAGUGUACAAAAGGUUAGACUUAGAUAAAGCUGCUAAUCAAGAUAGACAGGAUACUUCUGGAAUGGAUAACAAUGUUUACAAUGCAAGUCACCAAAUUGUUAAUGUUUGAGUUAAGGCGGAUGUACAUCUUGCAAUGAUAACUAUUAUUAUGACAAAGAAGAUACAAAUUGUAAGCCUUGUCCUAAAGGCUGUUAAAAUUGUUGCAAGAAUCCAUUAUUGACACAGUAUGUAUGUAUUUUAUGUGUUUCUGGCUACAGAAAUAUAAAUGGUGUUUGUGUGUAUAUGGGUAAAUGUGCAAUGAUUUCAAUGCAUGGAAGAUGUAUUGAAUGUGAUUAAGGUUAUUAUGUGGAUUUUGAAUUUAUUUGUAGAAAAUGUGGGGAUGGAUGUGAAGAUUGUUCAAAUUUAGCAUUUUGUAAUAAAUGUUCUGAUGGUUAUCAUCUAGUGAAUUAAUAGUAAAGUUUAGUUUGUAAAGUUUGUAAUGUAGAUGGAUGUAAGCAUUGUAAAAAUGAUAUAUGUAUUGAAUGUAAAAUGGGAUAUUAUAAAGAUGGAGUUAAUUCAUGUGGUAAAUGCUUGACUGAUUGUGACACUUGCUAAAAUGGUAAUUAGUGUUAAGUUUGUAAUUAUUAUUCAAUAGUUAAUGAAUAAAAAACAAAAUGUAAUAGAUGUUAGGAUUUAUUUCCAAAUUGUAUGGAUUGUAACACAUUAUUUAGAGAAGAUGAUUCAACAUAUUUUACAUGUGCAUAUUGUUUAAAUGGAUAUUAUUAUGAUGAGGAAUUAAAAAGUUGUGAAAAUUGUAUAAAAGAUGAAUAAAAUAUUUUAUAAAUAAGAAGAUGUGAAUCAUUGGAAAUGAUAACAUAAUGUUAACCAGGAUAUUUAUUACUAUAAGAUAGAUAUAUAGAUUUAGAGAGAGAAAUUCCAUAGAUGUUAAAGUAUACUUGUAUAAAGAAUAUUUAUAAUUGUGCUACAAUAAUAGAUUAGAAUGGAUAUUGUAAUACUUGUUUAUUGGGUUAUAUUUUAUUCAAAGAGAAUUAGAUCGGUAAAUGUAUAACUUGCAAAGAUAAGGCUGAGAAUUGUAAAGAUUGUUAUAUUACUCCAAAUAAUAUAUUUUAAUGUAUUCAAUGUGAAACUGGUUAUUUUUUAUAAUUAGAUGGUAAGGAAUGUAAAAAAUGUGGAGAUAAUUGUAUUUAAUGUAAUGAUAAAGUAUUAUAAUGUGAUAUAUGUGAAGAUGGUUAUAUAUAAUAAAAUGGUGUAUGUGAAAGUUGUAAUGUUAAAAAUUGUAGAUAAUGUAAAGAAUAAAAUAAAUGUAUUACUUGUGAAGAUGGUUAUGGAGCUAUAAAUGGAGAAUGUAAAUAAUGUUAAUUUGGAUGUGUUGAAUGUAAUUUUGAUUAGUAAUUAUGCUAAAAAUGUUAAGAUAAUUACUUUUUAUAUAUGAAAUCUUGUGUACCAUAUCCAUCACAUUGUUUAGAAACAAGUGAUGAUGGAUUUUGUUAUUUAUGUGAAACUAUUAUAGAUUAUGAUAAUCAAUUAGAUAAAUUUAUAGAUGAAGGUACAUAGGCUCCUUAAUAUAAAGAAUCUAACAUUUCCAUAUUUUUUAAAAGUGUUAAUGGAUAUUGUUUAAAAUGUAGUGAUUAUGAUACUGGAUAGUAUUUUUGCCCAGAUUCAUGUUUAAGUACUAUCCAUUCAUUUGAAUCAAUUGUAAUGUUUUCAUGGUUAUUAUUCCACAUAAUUUAAUGA